AUGACAUUGGAUACCAUGUACGAAGUUCGUCACAAGUUAUGUUUGAAAGACACCACAAGAAAACAACCUGAAAACAUCCAUAUUGAUAUUCCUGGUUUGAUGAUGUCCCGAGACGCAGAAGAGAAUGAGGACACAAGUUAUCAACCAAUUCCCAGUCUAAACUUGGAGAACCUGGGAUCAGAUAUGAUGAAGUUGAUGGACAACCCAGAAACAGAGACGUUAAUGAACCAAAUUCUUGGUGGCCCUCAUAAUAGUAGAUUCUUGGACAGUGCUGAAAGCUCCCUCAGUAGUCAUAUGUCACAGGGCUCGCAAGCCUCACUGAACUCUAAUGAGCAACAGCAGUCCAAACCAUCACCGUUUGUGUCAAUUUUACCCCCCAUUCAACAACCAGCAGCAGCAUCUAAUCCAUCUAUGGAGGUUUUCCUGGUCAACUCCAUCAUCAGAUUUAGGUAUGACUCUGAACUGAACAAUAGGCGCACAGGAAAAGAGGAGCUGCUCAAAAUUAAGUUUACUGGAGUAGAGGGCAAUGUUACAAUUCUCCUUCACACCGUAGACACCAUCAACAAGAAGGCACAUCCCUACUGGUUGAUAGGAGACAACUGUAUUAAUGGCAUGUUUGUAGCAAAAAUGCCUAUCACCAAGGCAACCAACUAUGAAUGCACCUGCAAAGCUACCCUGAAAAUUCCAAAACGAAAUGAGUACCAGUCUAGCCUGCAGGGCCGUCAAAGGGAAGCUGAGAGUCUGAGCCUCUUCAUGAAAAACGAUGAUUACUGGACAGCAAACCAAAAUAUGAAGGAAUGUCGUGAUUUUCGUCUGUCUGUGGAGGCUCGAUAUGAAGUAGCUGGCAAGCUCUUCCACAUGCACUGUAUAACACCUCCCCUGAGUAAUGCAAAAGAAGGAAAGUGCUUUAUGAUACACAGGAUUAUGCCUUAUGUCUCUCCGGCAUCUGGUAUACACAAGUCUGAGGAUUACAUCAUCAUCGUCCUUACUGCUGACUCCUACAUCCCUAAAAGUGUGCAGGUGGAGUUUGUAGAUGAAGAAGUAGGAUGGUCAGCAAUGGCAACCAGGGUCAACAUAAUCAAGAAU